GGAUGACAGAAUGUGGCAAAUAUACCGUGUGCAUCCGCGACUGGAAAAUCCUAACACAGCAUCAGAGACCUAGAAUCUAGCUAGAUUUUUUAGGUCUCUGAUAGCACAUAGAUCUACAGGAAAUUUUUCUCUUCUGUUCACUGUUCCCAAACCUGCCGACUUGGCUACCAGACCAGACCAGUUCGCGACGUUUUCUCAGAACAUAGCUCUGACGCAUCGACUUUUUCAAACCUGCACGCUUGCACUACGGGUAGACCUUCGUCUUGACUGUGCGUUUCUUCUGAUCUAGAUCUAGAUCUAGCUAGAGUCCACGCGAGGAGAGACACCGCUUGUGUUUUGUUGUAAGAGUUCCAAAGAUGACCUCCAGGAGGAAGCCUUGUUUUGACCUGCUUCUGCUGGGUAAGACAGGCCAUGGCAAGUCGGCGACUGGCAACUCAAUUCUGGGGUGGAAGGCGUUCAAAUCCUCUUCCUCCACGUCCUCGGUGACCUAUGACGUCAAAGUGGCUCGGGCAGAGCGAAGAAUUUGCUCCGUUAUGGUCGUGGACGGCCCAGGGACAGGGGAGACCCGACUGAACGUGGAGCAGGCUGUGGAGAAAUCGGUCAAGGACUUGUCCAAGGCGAUGAGCAUGAGCUCUGGCGGAUUUUACGCCUUCAUUCUUGUUUACAGAUUCGGCAUUCGGUUCACGAGAGAAGAGCAGGACGCUUUAAACUUCCUGAAAGGCAUGCUGGGUGAUGACGUGUUCCGGAAGUUCGGCGUGUGUGUCAUGACGUGUGGGGACAGCUUUCUAGACGCCAUGGAGGAGGAAGGCACCCCGUACAUGAAGCCUCUUGAUUGGUGUAAAAGUCAAGACAACAAAUUUGCCGAUUUCAUCGAGGAAUGCGGCGGACGUGUCGUGUUGUUCAACAACCGAUCGAGAGAUCAAAACACAAAACGUAAACAGGUGGCACAGCUGUUGCGUGUUGUGCAGACACUCCCUAACAACGGCGCGCGCUACACCAACGUCCAGUUUGUCCUGAUGGAAGGCGAGCGAAGAAAGUUGAUUCUGAAAGCAAAACUGCCCCAGCUGGAAGAAAAUAUUAAAACAGAAUGCGGCCUUCUGGCGCAAUCCUUAGAGGGAAUCAGAAUGGACCAGGCGGAUGCCUCGCGGAAGGUGGAGCAUCUGAAGAUGAAAGCGAACCAGCUGAAAAUGGAAAUCUAUCUGAGGGAUGAGGGAACUGGGGUUGUUGAACCUCUCAAGUCAGUGGUAGAGUCAUUUUUGCACCGCGCAGAAAAGUUUGAGAUGGCCCGAGUAGAAAAAGAGCUAGAAAAACGUGCAGAGGAACAAUGGAGAUUGGAAAAGGAGCUAGAAGAGAGCAGGAGGGAGUUUGAACGCCGUCGUGCUGAAGCCCAGAGACAGGAGGAAGAAAGUGAAAGUUUUUGUCUUAUUAGUUAGUCUGAUUUUUGGAAGAUGA